AUGAGCCCCUUCGUUCGCGCCCGUGCACCCGAACUCGAACAACGAUACGGUCUCUCCUCCUCCGAGUUACUCGCGUUCAUCGACGGCCUCAAUGAAUCAUUCAUGGCCAAUCCCGCAUUGCAAGUUACAAACACCAUUGGAACAAUAGUCAGUUUCGUCCCCCUGCAGACUGCACAAAUAGUCGGCGCAAGUCUCAACGUUGCCGCAGGCCUGGGAACUGCUGGUGUAUCUAUGGUACGGACAAAGCGGUAUAUGAAGCAGGCGAACGAGACCAUUUUCAAACCCAGGGGUCUGCAUGCACAGAUUUGUAAGACGGACAAGAUGCUUAGCCAGAUGGGGAUGGCGGGUGAUACUGCUGUUUUCGCAAAGGGCCAGGCUCAGGCUAUGCUUAGCAGUGCGCAGGCUAAUGAGCCUAGUCGGCAUGCUAUUGCGAGAAGGAUGCAGGCUCUAGGUGAUCGGAUGGGGUCGUUUGCUGCUCAGCGCGCUGAGAAGAAGCAACUUGAGAAGCUUCAGAAACAGCAGGUCAAGGCUGAGGAGAGGGCGGAUAAGGACGAGAGAAAGAUUGCUAAGGCUGAGUGCAAGCACAGUAGCGCCGAUGGGACGAUGGAUAAGAUCAUGAAGCAGAUGGAAGAUAUUCAGUACCAGAUCCAGUCUCUGGAUCCCAAUCGUCGACGAUAUGUGAAGCAUCUCAGAGAACUACAGCGGGAAUAUCGGGAGCUUGAGCGAAAGCUUCAGCAAGUUGAGGCUAAGGGAAAAUCUCGGCACGCCGAACGGGUUGAUAAACAGGAUCGGAGGCGGGAUGAAAAGUCCGAGAAGCGAGAGAACAAGGAGGCGAGGAAUAUCAACAAGAUAUACUGGAUAGUGAUCAACGCGGAGGAAGAGAGCGCAUUAGGCGAUGAUGACUGGGCAUCGGAUAACUCGUCCGAGGUGUCCGCCACGUAUGGGAGGUAUCAUCAAGGGCUUUGA